GAGAGAGAGAGAGACGGCUGGUGUUAAAAACAGUGCUGAAGUCCAGCCCUAAAGCCUUUGAAGAAGGCCUGUUCCUGGGGAGUCAGGAUUGCAGGGUUUUAGACCUUGUCUAAAACCACUGCCAACCCCAGGGAUGGCUGAUCAGCUGAGUAAUGUUCCCCCUCCCUGGAAGAAAUCCUUGCAGAGUGCUUAAACAUGUGCUUAAUCAUCAGGCGGCUGCCAAACUGGAGUUUUUGGUGUAAUGUGGGAGAUUGAUAGCUGUUUUCAGCAAGCCGAGUGAUACCCGAGCACAUGAAACUUGUUGGGAAAUCCAGCUUCCUCCUUGUCCGGCUGCACCCAGGAUAAAAGGGCCCUGGUGUGGCCGUCUUCACGCCACUCGGAUCCCUGAUCUCAGGAGCAGCAGGACGCAGGCUUCAUCAAUCCAGGAAGGAUGUCCUACCAGCAGCUGCAGCAAUGCAAAGUCCCCUUCCAGCCCCCUCCCCAAGUCCCCAAGCCCCACCCCACCAAGGUGCCGGAGCCCUGCCCAUCUCCUGUCCCAGAGCCCUAUCCACCCGAGGGGCCUGGGCCUGCCCUCCCACCUGAGGUCCCGGAGCCCUAUCCACCCGAAGGGCCUGGGCCUGCCCUCCCACCCGGGGUCCCAGAGCCCUAUCCGCCCCUGGAGCCUGGGCCUGCCCUCCCACCCACCGUCUCAGGGCCCUAUCUACCCAAGGGGCCAGGGCCUGCCCUCCCACCCGCUGUCCCAGGGCCCUAUCCACCUCUGGAGCCUGGGCCUGUCCUCCCACCCCGGGUCCCAGAGCCCUAUCCACCCGAGGGGCCUGGGCCUGCCCUCCCACCCCAGGUCCCAGAGCCCUAUCCACCUGAGGGGCCUGGGCCUGCCCUCCCACCCCAGGUCCCAGAGCCCUAUCCACCUGAGGGGCCUGGGCCUGCCCUCCCACCCCAGGUCCCAGGGCCCUAUCUGCCCAAGGGGCCUGGGCCUGCCCUCCCACCCGGGGUCCAGGAGCCCUACCCGCCCGAGGGGCCUGGGCCUGCCCUCCCACCCACCGUCCCAGGGCCCUAUCCACCCAAGGGGCCUGGGCCUGUCCUCCCACCCGGGGUCCAGGAGCCCUAUCCACCCGAGGGGCCCGGGCCUGCCCUCCCACCCCAGGUCCCAGGGCCCUAUCCGCCCGAGGGGCCCGGGCCUGCCCUCCCACCUGGGGUCCAGGAGCCCUAUCCGCCUGAGGGGCCUGGGCCUGCCCUCCCACCCGGGGUCCAAGAGCCCUAUCCACCCAGGGGGCCUGGGCCUGUCCUCCCACCUGGGGUCCAGGAGCCCUAUCCACCCGAGGGGCCUGGGCCUGUCCUUCCACCUGGGGUUCCGGAGCCCUAUCCACCCCUGGAGCCUGGGCCUGUCCUCCUACCUCCCAGCGAGCAGAAAUGCUCCCCUGUGCAGCAUCCCCCAUGCCAGAAGAAGCACCUGCCAAAGCAGAAGUGACAGCUCUGAAGCCACCAUGCCCUCACCUUGGGCAUGAGCUGCUGCAUCGUCUCCAGUCCCCCGACUCCUUCCUUCCAGCAACUUCAGGGAACACCACAGAUCCCCAGGGGACUCUACCUCUCAGCUGACUCUGAAGAGAAUGGCAGCUCCAUUCACAGGUUUUCCAGACAAUGAUUCGACUGGCUCCCGUCAGCUUCCAUAACUAGAAAGCAGACAGAAGAGACUGCCGCACCCUGUGAUGCAGGCCUUCCCGGCACCACAUGGGCACAUCCGCGGUGUUCAGGGUGGCCGUCCGUCCAGACGUCGCUGCCGCCCUGCCUGUCUGCUCCCUCGUAAGCCUGAGAAGAUUAUCGAAUGGUGGAAGCUUCCUCCUCGGCUCUGCCUCCUGCAAUUUUUUGAAUUUUUUGAAGUUUGAGAAGCCAAAAUGCUUUCAAAUAACUGACCUAAAUUAUUGGGACGUUCCUCCAAGUUUGCCCCCAACCCCGACACUCUCCCAUACUCUUCAGUUAUGACAACGGGGCCUUCUGUUCCCCAUCACCUCCCUGGUCACCCCUUCAUCUCGAGACAGCUGACACCAUGUGGACACCCCCAGCUCUGUGAUGUCACGACCUCCCCCUUCCCCUUUCCUUUAGUAAAUUCAGGUGUUCCUACGUG